UUCCCAGGUCCUGAAAAUGGAAGGCGACAGCUGGCCAUCGAAGCAGUUAACGUCGCCAAACCAUUGCACCUUAUUUGUGGAGGGAAAUUCCGAUUUUAUUUUUAGCAUCUCCGGGCAAAGAGAGAGACUGAGCUGUACUCUCUGUGGAUAUUAACUGUGCAGAUAUAACGUGCUGCUAAGGCCAGAGGUCAUCUCCAAGGACAAGAUGGCGGACAGAAAGCGUCUGUACAAGGUGCCCAAGGAGACGUACACGUUCUGCGGGAACCAGGUGGAAAUCUGGGAGGAGCUGGCGAAUUGUGGAGAAGGUGCAACCGUCUGGGAGUCGGGUGAGACUAUGAGCAGGUAUCUUGAGCAGUCCGGGCUGGACCUGGAAGAUAAGGAGGUUUUAGAACUGGGCUCUGGAACGGGACUGGUCAGCAUCGUGGCAAGCUUAAUGGGCGCCAAAGUCACGGCGACAGACCUCGGGGAGGUGCUGUGCUGCACCAAGGGUAACAUCCCGAGGAACACGGAGGACAGGGUCAAGCACCGCCCGGUCAUCCGCAGACUGGAGUGGGGCAGCGACGACCUGGACGGCUUCAUCCCGCAGUACGACUACGUGCUGGGGGCGGACAUCGUCUACAUCAAGCGCACGUUUCCCGAACUCAUGCGCACCAUCAUGCACGUCUGCGGCCCGCAAACCACCCUAAUACUCGCCAACAAGUUCAGGUGGUACACCGACGGAGAGUUCUACGAGAACGUCCUCAGCAAAAAGUUUGACGUGGAAGAAAUUCUCUACGACGAGGAAAACAAAGUGAAGGUUUUUCGCUGUAAAAAGAAAACCGAGGAAGUGUAGCAAAGUUUGUGGAUUUUACAACUAGAUACUUUUCCGGAAACCAUGAUCCAGUUUUAGAACCGUCAUUUGGUCUCGAUCUGUACUGCCUACGGGAGAGAACUACGAUUAAGGAAGAAAAUGCAAAUUUGUGUUUUAUUCAUUUAUUUAUUAUCAUAAUUUACGAUAUAGUGAUCAUCAUCACUAUUGCACAUUUCAGUAUCUGGAACAUCUUCUUUAAUAGCGUCUAUCUGUAUGAUAUAUUGUUGCACACUUCGAGUUUCCCUCCAUAUUUACUAUAUUUAUUGAUCUUUUAAUCUUGGGACCAAACAAGGAUAGUGUUUCGAUAAGGAAAAUUGACCUUAUCCGAAAAAAAUUUGUAAGUUAUAUAUAAAACCCCAGAAUGUAAAACUAAUAUAGGAGAAAGACUAGUGAACGAAAAAUAUAUUACAAGCUCUUCUGCUUAUUGAUCAUCGAUCAAAUAGAUUAGUUUUGCUCCCUACCAAUCAUGGCACUGUACUUAAGGUUACGCCAGCGUUUUCAAGAUACUGUACAUUAUACCGACGGUCUUUGGGCUGUUGCAUUUUCAAGUCACACAAAGAUAUUUGUGCUGUA